UGUCAUCGUUAAAUGAGUAUGCUCGAUGUCGAAUUUUAACUGUCUUACACCGUUCGACUAUCUCAAAAUGGUUAUAUUCUUCAAUACGGUUGCAAUAAUUUUCGUGAUAUUGGAUAAUGCAGCUGGUGCUACGGCAUUUAACUUGGAAGAACAAAUGCAUCUCCUGAAAGAGAAAUACGAACAAGUGGAAGCAAAAGUAAUUCGUCUAGAAGCUCAAGUAAAAAACUACGAAAUCUUGGCGGAAAAAUUAGCUCAACUGGAACUAGUUCUGAUGAAAAAUGAGCCAAACUCUAAUUCUGUCUCAAGAUCAGUUGAGAAAAAGGCUGUCCCAAGAACAUGCAGAGAGGGCAGAGCCAACGAUCCCUCGCUACCAUCUGGAAUGUACUGGAUCGAUCCAGACGGUCAAGGAGUUGGUGAUGAUCCUAUCUACGUUUACUGCGAUUUGAUCAAAGGAUCCACGCUUGUUCUUCAUGAUAGUGAAUCGCCAACGGAUGUAGGGCAUUGUACCGAUCCAGGUUGCUAUUCCAGAGCCAUCAACUACAAUGCAUCCAAUAGACAAAUAACUGCAUUGGCCCAGUUGUCAAGCGAGUGCCAUCAAUCUAUUAAAUAUGACUGCAUAUUUGCACCUCUUGAAUUAAACGACGUCGCAUUUUGCUGGUGGAACGACAGGAAUGGAAACUCUAAAUACUUCUGGUCGGGGGGCAACACCGACGUCCAUACCUGCCAGUGCGGCAUCGACGGCAAUUGCGUCGAAACCUUCGUCAAGUGUAACUGCGACGCUGCUGCUCCAAUUCAGCUGUCCGACGAUGGUGUCAUUACUGAUAAGGAUAUCCUACCUAUCACACGCUUGAAUUUUGGCCGUACGCAACUGGAAACUUCAUCCGGCGUCUACACACUGGGUCGAUUUGAGUGCACGGGGCAAACAGCCGUCAACGGAAUCCCCGGCUCGUGUAAAGAUCUGUGGCGGAUUGGACACACCUUAAACGGGUUGUAUUCCAUUAUGGGUGUCGAUAUGGUCGAGAGUGUGUACUGCGACUUUGCGAGACUGCCAAACGAGCCAGGCUUCCAGACAUGGAUUGGAUUUAACGACGUUCAAUCUUCACCAACUUAUUUUUACGUUCAGAAAAACUCGUCAUUCAGCCAAUUGGAUACUCCGGUUCCCUUUGAAAUUGAAAAACUGAACACAAGAGGAGCCAUGAAUUUGAAAACGGGGACAUUCAUCGCACCCCGAAAAGGAACCUACUUUUUCUCCUUUUCCGGCAUCGCUUACUUUCCAGGCUCAACAGUCAGACAAGGAUUUCGGAUGAAUCUUUACUUGAAUGGCCAAGCAAUCGGAGACGGUUACGAAGACGAGGUGGCCAGUACUUCUAGCUUUGGAGCCUUUAACACUAUUCAUACGACCUUAGCUUUGCAAGCGAGUGACAAAGUUUGGGUGCAGAUUGCCAGCAUAAGCGAAGGGGUAUAUCUGUAUGAGGGGGAUCAUCCAUUCAAUCAUUAUACUCACUUUAUCGGUUGGCUCUUAAGGGAAGAUAUUUCCCAAUCGUUGGUCCUAUGAAAUACACAAAGCCGAACAUGAA